GUUAUUCGCCAACCGGCCGCGAAGAUUGCGUCCGAAAUUAGGAUGCGGAGUUUCCAAAGAUCGCACUGAGUCAACUUUUCCUGCCAACAAUGUUCGUGCGGCUCUGGGUCCGCAGCUUCCAUAAAUAUGAUCUUCUCAUCGCCAUCGGACUGAUCACUCUCAUCGUGUACCUGUGUCUGCCCUUCCGGUUCGCAUCGCACUACGACUACAUCGAGGAAUCAAAGAUCGAGGGGGCUCUGGUGCCGCAGGUGACCAGAAAUGUCUCCCAGCAGGAAGUUUUCGAAUGCACCUACUCGGAGAUCAUUGCCGAAAACCGGUUCGUCUACCACCUGGCCCAUUACCAUGACGCGGUGCAGAGGGGCGCGGAGAUCCGUCCUGGCGGCGAGUUCCGUCCGGAAGGAUGUCAGGCUCGCUACAGCACCGCCAUCAUUGUGCCGUACAGGCAGCGGGAGGAGCAGCUGCACGCCUUCCUCACGUACAUGCACAAUUACCUGCCGCAGCAGCUGAUCCACUAUCGGAUUUUCCUGGUCGAACAGUUCGAUCAUAAGCCGUUUAACAGGGCGAUGCUCUUCAACAUUGGCGCCCAGGUGGCUGCGGAGUAUGGAUUUCCCUGCCUCAUCCUUCAUGACGUGGACCUCCUGCCACUGAAUUCGGGUCAAAUAUAUGCCUGCUCCGAACGUCCACGGCACAUGAGCUCUGCCCUGGAUCACUGGCGAUUCCGACUGCCUUACCGCGGUCUUUUCGGCGGCGUGGUGGCCAUCAACACCGCCCAGUACCAGCAGAUCAACGGCAUGUCCAAUCUGUAUUACGGCUGGGGCGGAGAGGACGAUGACCUCUACGAGCGCCUGCAGGCCCUGAAUAUCGACAUUUGCCGAUUCGCAAUGGAGUUCAGUAAGUACACCAUGCUGAAGCACAAACAGGAGCAGCCGAAUGCCAAUCGCGUGGCACUGCUGAGAUCGGCGACUCUGCGCCAGCACGCGGAUGGACUCAACUCACUGGUGUACACGGAAAUGGAGCGGCGAAUGCACAGUUUGUUCACGCACAUCCUGGUUGAUACCUGAGUGCCAGUAUUUGUUAUUGUAUUUAGCUUGUAGGCCAAUCGUUUUCGUAGUCGGUAUCUCGAAGUGUUUUAUACUUGGCUGCACUUCGCUUCGCAACCGAUUAGUUACCGCCUUAGACAAUGCGUUCCGAAUCGAUCGUGAUAUCUCACUCACUAGGCUAAGAAGCUAGACGGGAAUGGAGGAGUCAAAGCUGUAAUUGAAGUACAAUGCAGAAGCCUCAGAUUAAGCGGAUAUCGACAUGUUAAGCACGCUCUGCCUCUGCCAAUAAAAAUGUAUUGAAUUUAAUCU